CCCUUUUAAACGCGGAUGCAGGUCCUGAUUUGCCACGUCAGUCGCUGCUCUGAUUGGUCGAGCGGUCCCGGAUGUCACGUGACCAACGGAUCAGUCGGAAGUGAAACGAUGGAGGAGCGCGAGGGGCCGGCGGUGACAGCAGUGACACAGUUGCUCCACAUCCUUUCGGAAUAUGGCUGGUAUAUCUUCUUCAGCUGCGUGGCUGGCUACUUUGUCCUUCAGAGAAUUGGUUCCAUAAUGCGAUUGAAGAGCCGCCAGCAGCCACAGGCCACGGAGGCUGAACUUGAACCAUCAUUAAUUGUGAGACGGCAGGAAGCAAUGGAUGCUGCUCGGCAUCGCAUGCAGCAAGAACUGGAUUCCCAAGCAGCGAAAUACAAAGAGAAACAGAAAGAAGUUGAAGAAGAGAAAAGAAGGGAGAAAAUCCAAGCCUGGGAAAAUUUGCAAGAAGGAAAGAGCACCCGGAGGAAACCAAUCACAGAUCCUGAGCCAGAAUCCAACACACCAAGAGCAACAAAACCCAAAUCUGACAAGAAGCCCUUGAGAGGAGGUUUUAAUCCCCUGACGGGUGACGGCGGUGGUUCGUGUUUGUGGAGACCAGGUCACAGAGGGCCUUCUUCUGGAGCGUGAGGUUAGAGAGCGGUCAGUGGCGUUACCAGAGCUACUGGCCAUCUUUGGACACUGUCUACCCUGCUCCCUAGCUUGUCAAUUUCAAUCAUUUUAUUUUGUUACAGCUAGUUUCAAUUUUCUGUUAGACCUAAAUUUUAUCAUUCACUUUUUAAUGUAAAGAGCAUUGUUUACUCAAGUGAAACGUUAUAUGAAUUGACAGCUAUGAAUGAUGUUAUCCCUGUAAAUGGCAUUGCCAGCGAGGAUCUCUGAAAAUGGGCGUGGGUAGUGACAUUAAAACAUCUUAUUAAAUCUUUGGUUUUGAUACCAACAUAAAUACAUUAAUUUUGUUUUAGCUGAUAAUUAAAACCAUUAACUAUG